CUCCUCCCCCUCCUCCCACCUGCCGCGCAGCUCGACGCCCGAGCCUCAGAGUGUCGCACCCCGCGCCCACCCCUCUGGUCAGCAUCACGCGUCUCGCUCCUCCCGCUCCCUCCUCAUUCUCUCUCUCUCACACCACACCCCUCGGCAGCCAGCGAGGACACACGCUGUGCCACAGUUCAGCCUCGACCGAUCGAUCGAGACCUCUCCAAUGGUGCAGCGUCCCGAUGUCUCUGUGCUCUCACCCCCCCUCUCGCACUCAGCACAACCAAACGGAUGCUGGCGGCCACACGGGAGCUCGGCCAGCCCAAACCACGUCAAAUCAUCUGGCGCGCGGGCUCCCUCCCCCAUCCUCCUCCUAGGUGCUCUUCUCCCCCGCCCAUCCCCCAUCCCCGCCCCCCGGUGCCCCCCUGCCGCCUCUAGCCGGCCGCGCGCCGCUCUCAUGCUGGCGCGCGCGACCGGGUGUGCGUGCCACAAAGUGUGCCAGUCCUCUCUUUCACCCGUGGUCGUCUUUUUGUAGAGUUUUUUCCAAGUC